AUGGUCUCCUGCCUGGCGCCGCUUCUGCUGCUCGUCUUCGCCGGUUCUGUCGUCCCUGAUGAUGAACCGACCUGCAGUUUACUUCCAGAAGCGUCUAACUCGAAGCGUGACGACCAAGUGAAGGAGGAUGGUGUUACCAAGGGGCCUCUGACGUUUGUCGAAGGCGCCAGGGAGAGCCCGGCCAUGGCGGAGCUGCACAACCUCUAUAUUGACAACCGGACUGAAUUGGGCUACGCCAAGUACUUCGACCGAGCUGCCGACUUCGUAUAUAAGGAUGAAUGGCUGCCGACAACGACGACCACCACCACGGAAGCCACGACCACCACCACGGAAGAGACGACCACGACGGAAGAGACGACGACCACGGAAGAGACGACCACGACGGAAGAGUCAACCAGUGUUACUGCUCCCCUGGAUACCGCAACGAACACCUCGCAGACGGCCGGCAAUGAAGAGAAAUCGGAGGACGACCCGACGAUGAUCAUCGUGGGCGUCGGCGUGGUUGUCCUGAUCGUCGUCGUCGUCAUCAUCAUUGUUGUCGUCCUGAAGGGAAAAGGCGGCGGCAAGCAGGGCGACAAGGCCAAGACGGAGUCGAAUACGGAGAGCGGCGAGAACCCGCCGGCCCCUGACGCCCCUGACGGUAUGCCGCCCGUCGUGAUG